AUGCCUCUUACACCUCCUUCUGAGCCGGACCCAGAACCAAAGAUGAACUGGGCAUCAUUUUACGCUGUCAUCAGUGGUGUGAACAGACACUCCACCGGCAUCGGUCGCAUCUGGCUCUCUGUCCUCUUCAUUUUCCGCAUCCUGGUGCUGGUGGUGGCAGCCGAGAGCGUGUGGGGCGAUGAGAAGUCCGGCUUCACCUGCAACACCCAGCAGCCGGGCUGCAACAGUGUCUGCUAUGACCACUUCUUCCCCAUCUCUCACAUCCGCCUGUGGGCGCUGCAGCUCAUCCUGGUCUCCACUCCCGCGCUCUUGGUGGCCAUGCACGUGGCCCACCGUCGCCAUGUUGACAAGAGGCUCUACAGAAUGUCAGGACGGGCCAACCCCAAAGACCUGGAGCUGAUUAAGACCCAGAAGAUGAAAAUCACAGGCGCUCUGUGGUGGACGUACGUCAUCAGCUUGUUCUUCCGUGUUGUCCUCGAGGUCAUCUUUAUGUACUUGUUUUACAUGAUCUACCCUGGUUACAAGAUGAUCAGGCUGGUGAAGUGUGACUCGUACCCAUGUCCCAACACGGUGGACUGCUUCGUGUCGAGGCCCACGGAGAAGACGGUCUUCACUGUGUUCAUGUUGGCUGCGUCUGGGGUGUGCAUCCUGCUCAACAUUGCAGAGGUGUUCUUCUUGGUGGGGAAGCACUGCAGUAAGCAUCUGCACAAUGCUGGAGACUCAACUAUGGGGGCCUGGAUCCAACAAAAACUCUGCUCACUCUAA